AUGGAUAUGUCUGCGAGCCGACGCAAAUCGCUCAAUGUGCUGGCUGCGUUGGCCUCCGAGGCGGCUAAGCCAUCACCAUCCUUAUUCAACCUUCGCGAUCUGGCUCUACUGGGACUCCAGUCGUCGAACCGCCAAACUGUGUUGGCUACAUUACGCCUGCUAGCUACCGUUCUCCAGAGACAUCAUCCAUUUGCACGAGCUCUCAUCCAUACAAUUCCCACUCAACCUGCUCAGCAGCGUCCUGUUGGCGCCUUGAAUGCCGAGCUAGAGCAGCUUUUGGCCAUGGCAACAUCGUUGGUCGAUGACCCUACUCUGAAUGAGUCAUAUGACAACUAUGUUGCCGAUGCGACAUGCGUACUGGAAUCCCGUCUUUGUUUGCCCGUUUCCUCAAUGGAUGAAGAAGAUGAGACCCUACACCUACCACUACAGCUCCGGCAAGAUGACCCAUUAGUGCAGGCACUCUUCGGAUGCCUCGAUACCUUUUUUACCAACAGUGUUAUCGUCAAUCUGGCAUUGACAGGCGUGUUUAUGAGUCUGGCAUCUUCACAUCUAUUCUCUUUGGACGGAUGGUUGUUGGUUGAUCCCAACCAUUACGACCCCCCGUCCUCUGAAGAGAACGAGGAUGAGAUUGAUUAUAGAAGUAGGGCCUACCAGGCCCCAAAUUGGCCUGCUACAGCUGCUCCCACCUUGACCUUGACACUCCAACGACUUGUCGACCAGGUCCGGCAGUGGCAACGAGAGAUUCCAGACUUCGAGGUACUGGUCGCUGCCCGAAGAGAACUAUUGCAUCAAGAAAAUUCCCCACGGACCCCGGACCGCUCACGGGAGCCUUCGGAGCCUCCAGUGCCCUCAAGAAGUCGCUCACGGCCGUCAUAUCCUGGUUCACCGGAUCCCUCCACCCCAGCUUCCCGUGGCCGCUCUUCAUACCAGGUCAAUUCACCCUCGGUGUCUUCCACCCGUGGUCGGGAUAGUUUAUCUAUUCCCCCCGAUUCGCGUGGAUCCUCAAAUGCCCGGACUGUGGCUGCUGAGGCGCUUCGCCAGCGCCUUGCCACUCCGUUCCCGCCAGCAUCCGCGGAUCCACCCUCAACUGGAGAGGGCUCGAACACAGAAGACGCCAAGGAUGACGAUGCUCCAUUUGCAACCCUGGGUCAUGUAUUAACGAACGUGGUGAUCCUUUAUGAGUUCCUCUUAGAGCUGUCGGCGGUGGUACAGGUUCGAGGAAGCUUAUUCGAGGAGGCAGGGUAUGACUGUAAUUAA